AUGGUUCAGUGUGGGGUGUGGGGUAUAGUUCAGUGUGGGGUGUGGGGGUAUGGUUCAGUGUUGGGUGUGGGGAGUAUGUUUCAGUGUGGGGAGUUAGUUCGGUAUGAGGGUGUGGGAGUAUGGUUCAGUGUGGGGUGUGGGGUAUGGUUCAGUGUGGGAUGUGGGAGUGUGGGUCAGUGUGGGGGUGGGGUAAAGUUCAGUGUGAGGUUGGGGUAUGGUUCAAUGUGGGGUGUUGGGUAUAAUUCAGUGUGGGGUGUGGAGAGUAUAGUUCAGUGUGGGGUGUGGGGGUAUGGUUCAGUGUUGGGUGUGGGGAGUAUGUUUCAGUGUGGGGAGUUAGUUCGGUAUGAGGUGUGGGGGGGGAUGGGGUAUUGA